CCUGGUGUUGUGUGAUUUUUAACUUUGUACCACGCAGUCCAGCACCGGCAUCUCCAAAUCCUAUUUGGAAGAUAUAUUGAUAGACCAUAACUCCUCAGAAGAACACAAAACAUCAAAAACCUUAUCACCUCAAGACUGAUCAUAUUAUCGGAAUGACUAUUUAAAAAUGUAAUCAUGUUUGAUUACAAUAGUUGAAGGUUAAAAGGGAGAUAUAGCUGGAGAUUUUGUGCAAUGGUUAACUAGAAAUGAAUGAUUGUAAUGGUAGGAAGAGGUGGAAUUAUUUGGACAGUUUCUGGACUGAAAUGGAUCAUAGGAUCUUUGGUAAUUUUAUUCAGCAGUACCUGAAUUGUGAACCACCUGCUAAUUACUGAAGUCAGAAGUUCAAUGUGUGCUGCAAGUCACAUCCUCCUUUCACCUGAAAUCAAAUGACUACGGAGAAGCAGAAAAGCAUCAAUUUCAAGACCUGAAGUCAAUGAGUAAAGAAGAUACCCAGGAAGCUGUAGUCUCCUGAAGUCCUGGCCUCAGAAGACUUCCCUGGGAACUCCGUAGUUUUGGACAGUAAUUUUGUCAACCUAGUAAAACCUAUGGUCCUGGACUGAAACCAAUUCUCCGCAAUUUGAAUUCAAGUGGAAUGGGAAUCCAAGCUGGGCAACCUACAACUUAAUUGACUGGAAAUUUCAAUGAAUGGAAUACACUGGUCAGGCCAAAAAGAAGAAAGAUCGAGUCCUCCUCCACCCUUACACCCAAAAUCCCCUCCAUUGCACCUGCCACAGUGCUCCAGUAUGUUUGAAGCUUACCACAGGACCAGGGACAAUGGACCACCACCAUCCCACACCAACCGCCAUUCCGGGUUUGAAUUUGCACAUGGGACGAGCGGGGCCGAGAGCACGAGAGGAGCCGGAGCCGAGCGCGGCGCAGACCAGGAGCCGACAGGAGCCGAGCGCGGCGCAGUCCCGGAGCCGAGAGGAGCCGAACGCGGCGCAGACCCGGAGCAGCCGAGAGGAGCCGAACGCGGCGCAGACCCGGAGCCGAGAGGAGCCGAGCGCGGCGCAGUCCCGAAGUCAAGAGGAGCCGAGCGCGGCGCAGUCCUGAAGUCAAGAGGAGCCGAGCGCUGCGCAGACCCGGAGCCGAGAGGAGCCGAACGCGGCGCAGACCCGGAGCCGAGCGCGGCGCAGACCGGAAGCCCGGUGCCCGAGUGGAGCCGAGAAGCCGAACAGAAUCGAUCCCGUCGUGGAGUGUGUGUCCUCGCCUUCUGGGGAGAGAGCUGCUGUCCCUGGUUGGGUUAUGUCUCUGUCUAUGGAUUACACGGUCGCGCUGCAAAAGCGGGCCCUGAGCCAGGAAGCGG